CCAACUAUCGGGCCCAGCACACGUGGCGAGCGCAGAACGCUACAUCCGGAGAAUCGACGCGAAACGGGUCGGCCGCCACGCCACCCAUCGUGGCGGCGGCGGCGGAGGUCGAGAUUGGAGAAGAAGGAUGGAGAAAGUGGGGAGGACGGAAAAGAAAAAGAAAAAAGGAAAAUAAGAAAAAGGGGGAAAGAAGGGAACUCGUCAAUGACAAUUAUGCCACCACCAAUACUCCAAGGGUGUGGUGGAGUGAUUGCGUACACUGUCCGAAGCAGUGGGUCUAUUCUCCUUCCUUCUCCCCAUCUCAACAGUCUCUUCCUAACCAUCCACCACCGCCAUCUCCGCGCUCCCGCCUCCUCCUCCGUCACCGCUGCCAGGGCGCCGCCGUGUUCUUCUCGUUGCCCAACUCUCCGUUCUUUCCAUUUCCCUCAGAACGUCAGCUUGUUCCUCACGGGGAACUCUUCCUUCCUCAAGAUGGAGGGAAUUAUGUGUCAAGCUUGGUGGAGUUGUUGUAUUCUUCUGGCUAUCGUUUAUGGCUCCUGUUUACUCGCAAAAGGUGCUCAAUUUUGCGCAAUUUCUCGUGAUUUGGAACUGAAGCCUCAAAAUUGGCCUAAACCCAUUCCUCAUAUGGAGCGGUUUUGGUCUGGUAAUAGCAUUGACAAGAACAAGGCUAUGGUGGACAAUCUGAAGCGUUAUGGAGUGUUCAAUUCGGACAAGGUAGCUGAAGUAAUGGAGAACAUCGACAGGGCUCUGUUUGUGCCGAAUGGAAAUUCUGCUUAUGCUGACACCCCCAUGCCAAUUGGCUACAAUGCCACCAUCUCUGCACCUCAUAUGCAUGCAACUUGUCUUCAGUUGCUGGAGGACUAUCUGAAGCCUGGGAUGCAUGCUCUGGAUGUCGGUUCAGGAACUGGAUAUUUAACGGCAUGCUUUGCCAUGAUGGUGGGCCCAGAAGGCCGUGCAAUUGGUGUAGAUCAUAUUCCGGAACUCGUGGAAACAUCGAUCAAGAAUGUUGAGAAAAGUGCUGCUGCUUCUUUGUUGAAAGAUGGCUCUCUCCAACUGCAUGCUGGAGAUGGAAGGCAAGGUUGGCCAGAGUUUGCACCCUACGAUGCAAUCCAUGUUGGGGCAGCGGCACCUGAAAUCCCACAGCCACUGAUCGAGCAGCUAAAGCCCGGCGGACGAAUGGUGAUUCCAGUUGGCAGCAUUUUCCAGGACCUGAAGGUUGUUGACAAGAACCAGGAUGGCUCCAUCAGCGUACGGACUGAAACUUCAGUGCGAUAUGUCCCUCUGACUAGCAAAGAUGCUCAAUUGAGGGGCAACUGAGCUUUUUAGGAUGUUGGGUUGUAACAGGGGAUCACGUAAAUUUCUGGCUCUAGUUAUGUAAAUAAAUUAGUUGAGACUUUAAGCGCUAUGUUACUGCCUGGUCCAGCUCUCUCUGUGCUAAUGAAUCAGAGCUGUUAAGUAGCAUGGAAUAGUGUGCUUGCUUGUAAUUACCUUUUGAUCAGUUGAAGGUACCCUGAAUAACCAGGUCGAUCGAUAUUUAUAAAUUGCUGUAUUAAGCUUUGUACUACUAGAUUGUUCG